UGUUUUGGAUAAAAUAAACACUCGGAAAGGACGCGGGGUGGCGCUGCAGCAUUAGAAGUAGAAGGCGGAAAGCUACCAGGCGGCGCUCCUUUAGCCAGAUGCUCUGCUAAAGAAGCAAGCGGGAAGGGGAGGCUUUCUAAGGCGGUCGCUCCGGGAAAUCAGGGCCCUAGGCAUCUCCACUUAUCCCAGUAUUUGCGAGAUACUGGGAGAUAGAGUCAGCGACAACGCGAGCCCGGGCUGGGCCAGGUUUGCUGAGACCAGAAGGCGAUGGAGCCCGGAGAGGGAAAGGAACGCUGUCUCAAACAAAGGCAAGUCUUGAUAUUCUUUGUUUUGCUGGGCAUAGCUCAGGCUGGUGCCGAGCCUAGGCACUAUUCAGUGGCCGAGGAAACAGAGAGUGGCUCUUUUGUGGCCAAUUUGUUAAAAGACCUGGGGCUGGAGGUAGAUGAGCUAGCUGCGCGAGGGCCUCGGGUCAUUUCCAAAGGGAAAAAAUUGCGUUUGCAGUUGGAUAGGCAGACCGGGGAUUUGCUGUUAAAUGAGAAACUGGACCGGGAGGAGCUGUGCGGGCCUACAGAGCCCUGUGUACUACCUUUCCAGGUGUUAUUGGAAAAUCCCUUGCAGUUUUUUCAGGCCGACCUACGGAUUAGGGACAUAAAUGAUCACUCCCCGGUUUUCCUAGACAAAGAAAUAAUUUUGAAAAUUUCAGAAAGUAUCCCUCUCGGAACUACUUUCCUCAUAGAACGUGCACAGGACUUAGAUGUAGGAAGCAACAGUCUCCAAAGUUACACAGUCAGCCCCAAUUCGCACUUCCAUCUUAAAUUACAAAACAGUUCCGACGGCAUAAUCUUACCACAGCUGGUGCUGGACAAAGCGUUGGAUCGAGAGGAACAGCCUGAGAUCAGAUUAACCCUCAUGGCACUAGAUGGCGGGACUCCACCCAGGUCGGGCACCGCCCUGGUCCGCAUUGAAGUCUUGGACAUCAAUGAUAACGCCCCCGAGUUUGCAAAGCUGCUCUAUGAGGUGCAGGUCCUGGAAAACAGCCCCAUUGGAUCCCAGGUUGCCAUCGUCUCUGCUAGAGAUUUAGACAUCGGAGCCUAUGGAGAAAUAUCUUAUGUAUUUUCCCAAGCCUCUGAAGAUAUUCGCAAAACUUUUCGCAUAAAUCCAAAAUCGGGAGAACUCCUUUUAACACAGAAAUUGGAUUUCGAAUCCAUUCAGACUUACACAUUAAAUAUUCAGGCGACAGAUGGUGGAGGCCUUUCUGGAAGUUGUGUGGUGUUCGUCCAAGUGAUGGAUUUGAAUGACAACCCUCCGGAACUGACCAUGUCAACACUUAUCAGUGAGAUCGCAGAAAACUUGCAGGAGACCAUAAUUGCAGUCUUCAGUGUUUCAGAUCCUGACUCGGGAGACAAUGGAAGGAUGGUUUGCUCCAUCCAAGAGGACCUUCCUUUCUUCCUUAAACCUUCUGUUGAGAAUUUUUACACGCUAGUGACAUACACAGCCCUAGACCGAGAGACAAGAUCAGAAUAUAACAUUACCAUCACGGUCACCGACAUGGGAUCCCCCAGGCUGAAAACCCAGCACAACAUAACCCUGCUGGUCUCCGACGUCAAUGACAACGCCCCCGCCUUCACCCAAACCUCCUACACCCUGCGGGUCCGCGAGAACAACAGCCCCGCCCUGCACAUCGGCACCGUCAGCGCCACAGACGCAGACGCAGGCGCCAACGCCCAGGUCACCUACUCGCUGCUGCCGCCCCACGACCCGCACCUGCCCCUCGCCUCCCUCGUGUCCAUCAACGCGGACAACGGGCACCUGUUCGCCCUGCGGUCCCUGGACUACGAGGCCCUGCAGGCCUUUGAGUUCGGCGUGGGCGCCACAGACCGAGGCUCGCCGGCGCUGAGCAGCCAGGCGCUGGUGCGCGUGCUGGUGCUGGACGACAACGACAACUCGCCCUUCGUGCUCUACCCGCUGCAGAACGGCUCGGCGCCCUGCACCGAGCUGGUGCCCAGGGCGGCCGAGGCGGGCUACCUGCCCUACCUGCCGCUGCCGGAGGCGGCGGCCGAGCAGGCGCAGGCCGACCCGCUCACCGUCUACUUGGUCAUCGCCCUGGCCGCGGUGUCGUCGCUCUUCCUCUUCUCGGUGCUCGCGUUCAUCGCGGUGCGGCUGUGCGGGAGGAGCAGGGCCGCCUCGCUGGGUCGCUGCUCGGUGCCUGAGGGCCACUUUCAGGGCCACCUGGUGGACGUCGGCGGAACUGGGACCUUGUCCCAGAGCUACCAGUAUGAGGUGUGUCUGAGGGGAGGCUCUGGGACCAGCGAGUUCCAGUUCCUCAAGCCGAUUCUCCCCAACUUCCUUGCUCAGGGUGAGGAGAGGGUUAGUGAGGCAAACCCCAGUUUCAGGGAUAGCUUUGAAUUCAGUUAAGUAUUAAUUAAUAAGGAUCUACUGAGCCUAGUCUCAGUUAAUUUGUGGAAAGUCCUUUUUUACUGCCUUGCACAUUGGGGCUGUUUCUUUUCAUUUAAAUGUAACUGUCAUAUUCCAAUUCAGUGCAUGUUACUUGUGUUAUUAGUGUUGC